UUGCGUAAAGUAUAGGCGGAGAUUAAUGAAUGCCAGAUUAAUACUUACGGACAAUACAUAUAUCGUUUUGGUUUAUUAAAUUGAAAGAGGAAGUUUUAAAACUGUAAUUAAAUACCGUGACAAAUUUUUUUACUAUGUAAGAUGAUUUAUGUUAAUCAACGAUAGAAUUAGAAUACUUCUGGAAGAUUCAAAAUUUCGUUAAAUACUGAUAAGUGAUAUGGAAGAAAAAUUACAUAAUAAUGGUUCCGAAUAAGUAGGGGAUACUUCCGACACAAUGGAAAUGACCGAAGGUAAUGGCAACCAAGAAAGUAUAAAUCAUCCAAUUGCAGGUGAAGUUCAUGGAAGAACCGCAGCUAAUGUCACCCUAGAACAUUUAGAUCAUACGAAUACAGCUGAACAGUUAGAAGUUGGUGGAAGAACCGCAGAUAAUUUGAACCGAGAACGUCCAGAAGAAAGAAAAACUUUCAAACAAAGAAUUCUGACGUUAUUCAGAAAACGGAUUUGUAAAUUUGUCAUAGCAACAGUGACAACAUUAUUUUUUUUUGCACUCGCAGUUAUAAUUUAUGUUCUGGUAUCUUUGAAAAAAGAAGGUAAGAACAUAGAAAUUGGUCACUGCCCAAAAUACAGCACAAACGGUACAGUCGUCAAAACCACCGGAUCAAGCUACGGUGACACAAUUGAACUCACUUGUAACGAGAAAAGUAAAUUGAAUGGUCCCAGUGUUAUCACUUGCCUAUCGACUGGAAACUGGAGUGGUUUUUCGCAAUGUAUUCCAAAACUAUGUAACAACUUUCCAUUGUCAGACAAUAUGAUGGCUGAAUCUGAAAUUGAAAAUAUCAGCGUUGGAACAACUGUUACGGUGAAUUGUGAAGAAGGGUUUGUGCUGACUGGAAAAAACACUGUAGUUUGCCUUACAAAUGAACAAUGGUCAGAGAACCCUACCUGCAAGGCCAUAGACUGUGAAACUCCAGAGAGCGUCGCAAACGCAGUAAUUACAAAUAUCUCUGAAACUGCAUACAACAGCAUAUUCUUUGUUGAAUGCAAAAAAGGCUUUAUAAUGUCUGGUAACAACACUGUCAAAUGUAACCUGGAUGGAAAUUGGGACUCGAUGCCGAUAUGUAAACCGGUUACAUGUGGAAUUCCUACAAUUCCCGGAAAUGGAAGUAUAUCACAAAUAUCCGGUACAUCAUUCCAAGCUACUGCUUCUUUGAAAUGUAAUAAAGGGUUCUUUAUCAUUGGAGAUCCUAUAAUCAACUGUUUAUCUAAUGGAAUGUGGUCUGAUAUUCCAACCUGUCAAGACAUUGAUGACUGUAUCCCGGGUGUCUGUGGAUCGCAUGGUAUUUGUGUUGAUGGUGUGGACAGUUACUCAUGUUCGUGUAAGUCUGGAUUCAGCGGGUCUCACUGCGAAAGAACUACCGAUUGUUUUGACAUCCUUCAAGGGAAGAUAACCCAAGACGGUGUUUACACCAUAAUCACAUGGAACAGUCUCCGACACAUUCAGGUGUACUGUGAUAUGACUACAGAUGGAGGCGGAUGGACAGUUUUCCAAAACCGAUUUGAUGGAUCCGUUGAGUUUUACAGGAACUUUUCUGAAUAUGAAAUCGGAUUCGGACGUUUAAACGGGGAAUUUUGGUUAGGUCUUGAAAAUCUUUACGAAUUGGUUUCUCAAGGCAGAUCUGAACUUCGACUCGAUGUGUCGGCCGCUAAUGGAACGAAAGGCUACGUGACUUUUCAAAAUUUCAAAAUAUCAUCAGGCCCAAAUUACACUCUUCACAUUUCUCCCGGACACGGAACUAUAGGAGACAAUGCCCAAACCGGAAUGUCAUUCAAUAAUAAUGCAGCAUUUAGUACCUUCGAUCAUGACGUGGAUACUUAUUCUGGGAACUGCGCAGGACAUUGGACAGGAGCAUGGUGGUACACAAGUUGUAUGUUUGUACACCUGAAUGGGCAGUAUUGUACACCAGGUACAACAUCUUGUCAUUGGAGUGGUAUGGUAUACAAAGAGUUUAUGGGAUAUGAGUCUUUGCUUACAUCUCGAAUGAUGUUUAGAAGAGUAUGAACAGUUACUUGAACAGCUAACAACUUGUAUUAAACAUAUAUAGGUAAUAACAUUACACCAACACAUUUAUUACAUAUAAAUAUUGUAAAAUUGUAAAGAUUAAAGAAAUGAUCAACAAAUUCACAAGAUUUCUAAUAACUGUCUUCAGGCGCACAUUCUGUGUGAAAUAUCUGUGGGAGGAUUUAACACAGAUUCUAGCUCUUGUUACUCGUUUCACACUAUUACUAUGAAACAACCUCGCCAACCGUACAACAGAGCAUUCGAAGUUUUGAUAAGAGAGAGUUGAAUCUUUUUGGAAAAAAUAAACAUUAGAAGAGAAUACUUGAUAUAUAGAAUCAUGUAAAAAUGGUAAUUUGUUUAUGCUCAGUAUUUCUUCUUUCAUUUCAGAUGUAACAUAUAUUUUUAUCCUUCAGAAAUGAAAUAACCCGUUGUGUUAAAGCAUGACAUGCUUUGACUGUUUUUAAUGUCCUUAAAGUGUUGUCAUUAUUGUAAGAACUAUGAAUCCUAAAUUGAAUAUGGGUUAAAAUUGAGGUAAAAUUUCAUCUAUAGCUACUAUUUUAUUAUAUACUUAAAGUGUUAAAUGUAUAUUUUGCAGAGGUUGUAGAUUUAUAAAGCAAAUAUUAUUCUUAUAUAUUUUAUUUUUAUCAUUUUUACCAUAAUUACCACUAUAACUGCUACUAUUAUGAUAUUAUUUCAUUUCUUUAGACUAUUAUGCGUCUGAUACAUGCCGCAAAUUUUCAAAACACAUAUUAUUAUACAUGCUGUCAUUAGAUUUUUAAUAAUUUCCAAGAACCGAGCGUCAUUUUCUUAUUUAAAUUCUUUGCUUUGAUUUAUAUGAUAGCUGAAGCGAAGCAGGAAUGUUUUUAAUGUACUGUAGUCAUUUGUUCUUUUAUAAUCACUAAAACAGUUUUUACAAAGUUGUUACAAGUUGGGAAGAUAAUUCCACAUAAAAGAAGCAAUGAAAGUAUGAUUGCGUAAUGAUUUUCUCUUUAUAGAGUGUAAAAUUAUUUCUAUAUUAGUUUAUGAAAAUAAAUUGUAACUUGUU